AGUUUAAUAUUCCUUAUUCACUCUCUCUAUAAUGUCCUCUUCCCCAAUGUCCCAGGACAGUGCUCACUUCAGCGACGCUGAAUCUGAAGCAGAGUCCGAGUCGAUCGUUUUCAGUACAGCUUCGGAAUCGAGCCCGACCAGUCUACCACAACGGCUAAAGGAUGUCUUCGGAGAUAACGAGGUCAGUCUAGAGGCCCUUUGUGCGGACCCUAGCAGAUAUUGGAAACGUGUUGUGGUCCUGGCCGGAGCUGGUAUUUCCGUGAGUGCGGGAAUACCAGAUUUCCGCUCCCCCAACACGGGCAUAUACGCCAACGUGAAGCAGUACACGAACAGCCUGCGGGCCCCGGAGGACCUCUUCUCUAUCCACUACUUCCGACAUGAUCCCUACCCCUUCUAUACACUGUGUCACGAAGCCCAGUUGGGUAGAGGAGCCCACGAGCCUACUGCUGCCCAUAGGUUCAUAGCGUGGCUUGCCGAGAAGGGAGCCCUACUACGAUGUUAUACUCAAAACAUCGAUAGCUUAGAAAUUGAUGCGGGCGUGCCUGAGGAGCUUGUCGUCCAGGCCCAUGGACAUCUUCGUUCAGCACGAUGUAUCGAUUGUGGAUGUCCUUAUGGCGGUGACAUGCGCGACUUGUUGAGCUCUGAGAAGCCGGUCCACUGCGCUGCCUGUUACGGUCUGGUCAAGCCGGAUGUGGUAUUCUUCGGCGAGAACCUGCCCGAGCGAUUUUUCGAUUGUGUCCAAGAGGAUUUAUCCCAAGCAACGCUGUUAGUCGUGAUGGGCACCAGUCUACAGGUCGGACCAUGCAACCAAAUACCUAUUCUACUGCCAAGGACCACUCCUAGGCUUUUGGUGAAUCUAACCCCGCCCCCACACGGCAUGUUCCGGUUUGGUCGGGCUGACAACUACCGGGAUGUCUUCGUCGAGAAGGAUACUGACUCUGCCAGCGAGGAGCUGAGGAAGAAGCUCGAGAAGGCUGGGGGAUUGACACCAUCCAGGUUGUGAGUUAGUUCAUCUUGACAGUUGAGAUAGUUUGUGUCUAUACCACUUUACCGUAACGUAACGCCUCCCGAGCCACACUG